CUUUUUUUUUAUUGCAUCCAGUUUGAUUGAGCGCCCGGUGGAAUCAAAUGAAGUGUGAAAGGAUUGCUCACUAAAAGAAUCAUGGCCAACGAUUUCGUUCCAAUACUUUUCAUUUUAGUUGGAUUUUUCCUUCAUUUUGGCGAAAGCAUUCAUUGUUGGGAAUGCAACUCGAAGUAUGAUCCUAACUGCGGAGAACCUUUCAAACCGUACAGCAUGGCUCUGGUGGACUGCGGCCAGAGGUUCCUCAAGCAGGACCUUGCUACUUCUGCCACAAUAUGUAGAAAGCUUUCUCAGAAAGUGCAAGGCGAAACGCGGAUUAUAAGGAGCUGUGGCUACAUUGAUCCUCAAGAGGCCGGAACAUGCUACAACAAAGCCGGAACCCACUUGGUAUUCACGGAGUACUGCCAGUGCUCGGGAGACGGAUGCAACAAGACCGGCGCGCUGCGCCCCCUGUCGGGAUUCCUCAUCGUCUUAUCCUUGAUGGCCUUAAUGGGCUGUUUUCUCUCCUGAAAAUUGUUCGGGAUCGUCUGCCUAUUGUGAACUUCCGGGGACGUGGGCAGAAAGUGAUCUUUGAGAGCGGAAUGGAGCUUUGAUACACCGUAACAGUGAUCUUUGAUUACUUUUGUUUUAUUUUCACUUUGUUCGUUUGUUUCCUCGAAAAAGUGAGGAUGAGCAAGUGUCCUAAGGUCGUACAACUUGUUUUGCUUGAGAUUGAACCUGUGAGGCAUAGUUUAGAGUGUUUCUGGUAUAGAAGUCCCUGAUGAACUUUACACUGAACUCCCGAUUAUCUGUGCUCGGAUUAAACAAACAGCGUGCAAAUCACGUGGUACACCGGUUUCAGGGGAUUUUUCAUGAAUCUAAAAUAAGGACAUAACAAAUUAUUAAAGUAUUUAUUACAAUACAAAAAUGGCAAAACCAAUUUGUUUAAAAGAUAUAUUCUUUAAAAAGCAUAUAAAAAACACGUUAAUCCUUUUUUGUUUUUAAAAGUGGGUUUUUCCAUGUACAUUAGAAAACAGUCAAACAGGGUAUCUUUGGCCAGUCCAGAUAACUUUGCGCCGUUUCAUAUUUUUUAAUUAAUUUGAGGUAGAAAGAAAAAACUAGAAGUUCUUUCUUGCUGGCGAGGUCAUAAAAUAAGAUUUCUGCUCUUUAUGACUUGAAAAUGUAUUUUAAUAUAAAAAAAAAAUAUGAAGUGCUGCAAAUUUACCCAGAUUUUCUCAAAGAUACCCAGGAUAACUUUAUUCAUUUACAAGUAAUUAGUAUCAUUCCAGCUUGCGCACGCUUUUUGGAGCGUGUGGAUUUCGAAUCUUCUAUGAAAGCUCUUUCUUCUUUCUUAUUUUUAAUGAUAACUAUGCGAAUUAAUUGGUCUUGAUAACAGAUGGGUUAAGUUACAAAAUUGAGACUCAUUAUCUCAAAAUGAAGAGAUUUAUUGUAUUAAAAAAAAAACUUCUAAUACUUGCUUCUUGCAAAUUCUGCACGUCCUAACCGAAAGUUCACGAGCUGAUGCUUUAUUGAUAACGAAUUUUCAUCUAGACUUGUUCUUUUAAAAAGGACGUCACAUGGUGUGUAGACGAUCACCAAUCUUCCCUGUUAGCGCACUUAACGUUUCAUAAACGUUUUAAAAGGUUGUCACAACGUUCACAACCAACCUAAAACGUUUAUGAAACGAAGUGUACUUACUACCUGGGUUGUGAAAAGUGAGGAAACAUCUUAUGGCAAUCAUUAAUAUUAUUUUCUUAUCUUUCUGCACAUUUCAGUUUGUGCACAAGUACUGCUUUAGUGAUACAGCACAAAAAAGCUCUCUCAAAAACGUUCGAAAAGUGGCAUUGGCUUGCAAAAUGUUAUUGACAUUUUUUGCAGUUUAAUAGUUCUUGAUUAAAUCUUUGCCUGUUUCACUGCCAUUUUGUGUAAAAUUUCGUGUUUUGUCAAUAACUUGUACAUUGUUAAGUAGAUUAGAGAAAAUGUUACAAAUUAUUGAUUAUUGACUAUAUUUAAAUCUUAGAGAGUACUAUUUUUACAUUCCUCUUCACUUGUUAUUUCAAGUUAAAAAAAUCACAGCAAUAUAUGUAUAUGUGAAUCAAGUAAAACACACUUCAUUUAUAUUAUAAUUAAGUAAUUUGUAACUCAUUAUUAUUUUUAUCAAAACAUUUUUUUAAAGUUGGUGUAGUGUUUCCAUUUUUUUAAAAAUAAUAAACAUAUUUCAUAUUUUUUCUCCUGUACUUGUAAUUUAAAUUCUAUAAAAUUUAUCGUUUUGUUCAGUUGGAAGGAAAAAAGAAAAAAAAAAGAAAAAAAAACAGUAUGCUUCUUAUCAACAGAAUAUUUCUAGUUUCAACGUCUGUCGCUAGAGGAAAAGCAAACACUGAACUAAUUUUCAGUUAUUCUGCGUAGUACGUAGCAUACCAGGGAUUAUUUGUCAUUAAAAAGAUAUUCUGCAGAAUGUAUUCGUAAAUGUUGUACUUCAAAUGUUUUCUCUGAACAAAAUAAUGUCGUAUAUAUGCGUUUUUGGAAUCUUAUAUUUGGAAGGUCUUGAUAUUGUUGCAGUAAGUCUUCAUGAAUCUUGCAUAAAGGGAGAACACACACAAUCGUAGUGUUCAUAUAUCUUGUAUAGUGUAUAGGAGGUUUCCCACAAACGUACAUUAUAGUACGCGUUCGUAAAUCUUGUAUCGGGAGUUUUUCGUGAAUGUAGUAUAUGAAAAGACUCAACGAACACAUAAUUACGCACGUGCAUAUUAAUUAUGUACAUUAAAUUAUUUUUACAACGGUGAAAUCGUUUGUCUUUUUAGGGGAAAAAACAUGUUUUUUUUUUAAUGACUUUGUUGAAGACUUUUAUUUAAAACGAUUUUGCUUUCAUACUGUAUGUUAUGAGAAUUUUAGAAUAAAAUAGAAAUGCUGCGUACGCGCAUUUUGAUUCAUAUCAUUUUAUGCUUCAAACUACGUUUUUCUGUAGAGCUGAAAAUCAAAUUGAAGAAAAUAAAAUCUUGCUAUAUUGUGUCUUGGAGUGAGCAAUUGUCAGAAAAUAUAUUAGUAAUGUAGUCGUGGUGAAGGAUUUAGAUUGACUGGACAUUUUGGGAUGCAAACAGAAGAGUUACUGGAAGAAAGUACAUUUUGUCUAAAACAAAAGAAGACGCUAGAGGUAAAAUAGGAAACUGAACAACUGAACCCUCCAACGUCUUCUCUAGAUUAUACCAUUGAAAUUGCAUCAGCAAAAGCUUAUUAAAUAUUUUGGGGUUUUUUAUUACUUGUGUAGUAUACCAUGAUGAAAGUAUUUAAUAUAUAUAUAUAUAUAUAUAUAUUAUACUCGUUGUUACAUUAAUCAACAGUUAUUAUAAUGCAUCCUGAAAAGAAAAUGUGGUUCCAAAAACCGCUUGACGCGUGUUAUUUCAGGGUGUGUUAAUGAGAAAACAACACGUUCCAUUUCGUGUUAUGGAACAAAAAAAAACACUGUCUAAGCACUUAUAUUGUUAAAAAGAAGAUAUUUCUAUUUAUUGAAGGUUGAACAUAAAUUUCUGUUGAUAUGAUUAUAUACUUUACUACAGUGCCUUUUGAGCAUUAAAAUGUGGAAAUGCUUUUCAAUAAAUACUUACUCAAAUGUGAAAAGCAUUGAGCACAUGCUAUAAUCGUUUUCUGUGAUCAUUUUGGGUUUAUAUAUUAUUUAUAUAUUAUUUUCCAUCCAUCUCUUUUUGACUUUUGACCAGACUCUGCGUAAUCAUUAUCGUUCUGAUUAAAUUUGAGUGUAUUUCUUUUUAAUUAGUAUUCAAAAUAUUCUUUAUUCUUAAAUGUAAAUCAUAAUUCCUUUAUCUUACCUUUCUGUAGAAGUAACGGUUUAAUUGAAUAUUUUUUUACUGUAGAAAUCAUUAUGAUCAAUACUAUUGCAGUUGUAUUGAAAAAAAGCAAUUAAUCUAAAAUUGCUUUUGGACUUUUUAUGACUACAAAUAAAUUGAGUGAAUAUGCUCAAAAAAUUCUGUUGCUAAAUAUAGUUACUCUAAACGAAACUAAAAAUGUAAUCUAAUUAAAAAGUUAUAAAAACUCCUAAAAAAUAAUGAAAUUUUAUUUAAUGGAAUAUGAAUAGCAAUCAUUAUUUAUUAUCUCUAAUAAUCUUCAUCACAAUUAAGUAGCCGUUGUAACUGUGGCACUAUAAUUGCAAUAAUUUUGUCUCGCUAUUAAGUACACGCAGAAAUUUUGCAUGCCCUUAACUCAUUAAUAUUCAGUUUUUUUUUACAAAAAAAAUCUGCUGCUGGGGAGAAUCGGAGUGAAUGAUAUUGCUGCAUUUAUGCCAAAUGUGACGAUAUAAAUAAGGGAGAGAAAUCUAGCCUGUCCGCUAGAUGCAGCAAUUUUAGACAAAUGCUUGACUCCAAUCUGCUGCAGCCACCGGAGAAGUUAGAAAUAAUUUUUCACAUUUAAUUUCGGUACAAGUUUAGUUGUCUCCUUCCUUUCACUGUCCCACUCUUAAAGGCUCUCAUAAAUUAUUAAAACCAGUACAGAAGAAAAUUGUACAGCAAGGGAAAGAAGAUUAAUUUUGUAAAAAAAUAUUAACUUAGAAAUAAAUAUUCUUUGAAGAAGACACGUAGCUAAUUUGUGUUUUCAUAUAAACUUAUUAAACUAAUGAUAAGCUGCGCUUUUUCACAAGAUGUUUCAAUUUGUAUUUACAAACUAAGUCGUCUUUACUACUUAGAGAACAUCUUUCAAAGUGCACCUAAUCAGAAAUUCUAAAUAUGUAAAUGAAUUUAAACUGCACGAAAUCUGGUACCACUCUCACUAGGAAAAUGGAAAGUGUGCAAAGAAAAUUUUCACUCCAAAUCUAGAAUGCCUACAAUCAAAGGAUUUUUGCUUUUCUUCUUUGCAGAAACAUAGCUUUAUCGAAACGAAUUAUUUUUUCUUGGUAUGAAUGCGUCUAUGCAUGUGUCACACGUAUGAAGACACUCUAUAGAGUGUAGAGAGGAAAUUCAUACUUUUUUGAUGACGUAUGGAGAAUAUGAGAUUUUCCAAUUCGUACAAUUUUGCCCUUCUUUUGCAUAUAAAUGCCACUUCUUAAAACAGGAACACCUAACAUACUUGAAAUGUGCGGUAGAUGCUGCAAUUUACAUUGGGACUUCCAGUACGUUAAGAGUAAGGAUCAAUACAAAGAUGUUAAAACCAAUCAGAAAGGAUCUUUGCUAAAAGAUUUUUCCACUAAGCAAGCCCGGCAUUUCAAAGUUUUCCGGAGAAGGGGGUACGAAGGUUAUACAGCCAAUACAUUGUCCCCCUCCACUUCAAUCAUCUAAAAAUGACGGACUUGCCGCUGUAAUAUAGUUGACACUGUAAAGUAUGGUGAUAUGUGUACACAAGUUUUCUUUCUUAUCUCUAAAAUAGCUUGUCUACUGAAAAAAGCCUCCCUGCGACGUCUAUAUAAUAUAAUUGCCUUAGCAGCUAGAAGAAUUUUGAGUUUGUUCAACACUGGAAAAAUUGUGUAAUAUAGUACAGGCAGCAGAUACAGACAAUAGAUGAUACAGACACCAAAAUUAUACAAAGCAGAUUAUUAUCAUGUAAAAUGUUUAUUAUUUUGUAUUUUUUUAAAAAUGACAAAACAUUCAAGAACAAUAUUUAAAAAAAUACCAUUGUCUUUAUUUUUAUCCUUAUUUUCUACGAUACUAAACUUUUAGUUAAAAUACAAAAGGAGGGGGGGGGGAUAUGCCUGGCUAAAACUUUUUAGGCAUAUUUCUGGCUUUCGAUGCGCUUGUGGAGGCAAUAAAAUGUAUCUCUGUUUGUUACUAUGGUAAUAAACAAAUGUAGAUUUGGAAGAACGGGGUGAGUCUUUUAGUAGACAAGCUAAUAAAUGUGCACACAACGUAUAAAUAAUUGGAUCUUGAAAUAUUUUGAACAAGUAGGCAUUCUGGUAAACCGACCAUAGUCGAUCAAAGUCUUUCACUCCUCUUUCUAACUUUUUAUAUAGAUAAGUUAUACUUCAUUUUGUGAUUUAUAUUUUACACUAUAUUAGCUCAGAGAAAAAAAAAAAGGCUAGGAAUUCUAGUAUAAAUGUAACAAAAAUUUACCUUUUUAAAAACGUCUUGUUACACACUUUUACUUGGCUAAAUAUCAAAGAAAUGCUCUAUCUAUUCAAAUUUAAGUAGCGUAAGCAUUUUCAAAAUUGUGUAGUGAAUCAUAAUUCAAUGUUGAUAAAUUUUAUCUUGCACUUAAAUUUGCAAGUGAAUUUGAAAAGUUUUGAAUUGAUAACUAGAUAAAAGUUAUAACGAAAGAAUCCAUUGUUACAUUAGUGCUUUAUUUUUUGGGGGAAAAAAAGUAUGGCAAAAAAGGUAAUUGUUAGUUUGUAUUUUAAAUUAUAAGAUUUGCUAUGUACGACUUAAAAAUAUUCCAGAACGUUCGGUAUUAUUUACUCUAAAGAUGUGUUAUUCUUUCAACUCCAAUAGUACAUAAACAUUAUAAAAUGUGUUUAAUAUUUUUUGUAAUUGUUUAAAUAUAUGUUUUGUUAUUUUGUAUUUUUGUGUGUUACAGGACAAUUGUUUUGUAAAAAGUAACAAUGAUUAUUGAAUAUAAAAUA